AAUAAAUGAAAUCACAGAUUUUGAAACCCUAAAGAAAAGCAACAUUUCUUUAAAUCAGCUUGGGAAACUGAGUCAUGGUGAACUUGUAAGCAUUCUUACUGAUAUUUUACAAAACAGUUUUCCUGGAGAUGCUUCUCAUAAGGCUUCACAAAUGCAAGGUGAAUAUAAAGUGCACACUCAUCAUGGUAUGUAUGAAAUUUAGAAUAAUCAUCUUUCUGUUAUUGAUGGAAAUGCUAGUUUUUUAAAUUAUUAUAGAAAAUAUACAAUCAAGUAUUACUGUUGUUGGCUCAACUUGUUAUUGUUUCUAACAGUUUUUUAAGUAAUGGCCCUAAAAAAGAGUCAUAGGCUUCAUUCUAGCUAUUUCAAUAUUAAAACUGCAUUUUUAAUGAGUAGGGCUUAUAAGUUAUUAUAUCAGUCCAUAAGGCCUGUAAUCUUCACUUGCCACUUUUUAAAAAUAAUCUGUGUGUGCAUUCACUUAUAUUUUGUUCUUUAUAAAAAAAUGUUUAGGAUUGUUUGCAGGGAUAAUGAAUGUGAUCAUUUCAAUAUUCAUUCGCAGGACUAAGUAUGGACAAGUUUUCAUCUUUACAGCAGAAAGAAAUAGCGAAAUCCCAGCCAACUGCUGAUAUAAAAAAAGAUGUUAUUUGCACAAAAGUUUCAUAUGAAAAUAAAAAUUCAAGAAGAAAACGAACUAACCCGACAAAAAUUAAUAAUGUAAACCAAGACUUAGAAAAAAAUGAUUUGUCUAUGCCAACAAUUUCAACCAAAAGCCCAGAGAGGAAUAAAAAGACUAAAUCUUUUAAAAUGCUGCUUCGAGGGAAAAGGAAAUUAGGUAACACUGUUUCUAAGGUUUCUCGAGCUAGCAAAGAGAAAGAAUUUCCAGAAGUUUGUGCAAUUACUAAGCCUUUAAAAAAAAGAGCCAUCCAGCAUGACCAUGAGACUAUUGAGAAUGAAGAUGACCCUAUUAGUAUUAGGAAAAACAAAGAUAUGUGUUUAGUCAAAGAACAAGCAAAAAUUAUUGUGAAUGAAGCUG